CUGGUGGAUGUAGUGAGAUUAGCAUGUCUUUUACUUGCUCCCUGAACUCCCCCUGGCCGAGACUUCCCUUUUUCCCACCAAGAUGGAUAGCCAUGCAGCUCAAAACACAUAUCCUUUGCUUGUCCUGUCCUUUUGCAAUGGUUGCAAAAUAGUUUGCUUUUAUCUAUUUUACCAAACGGCCUUGGAGCAUGACGAGCUUGUAUGGAUAGGGCUGCACGUGCAUCUGAAUUUUCCUGACCAUGCUCCUUGGGUUGAAUAAGACGAGUCUCCUCCUCAAUCACACUAGAGAUGAUAUCGUCAAGGCUUAGCCAUUCAGUUUUGGAGAAUAUUAGCUGACGACGGAGGUCAAAUUCCUGAUUCAGGCCAUCAAGGAAGAGCUUGCCCACAAAUGGUUCAAACCAGGUAUGGUGAAUAGCCAUGUCAUUCUUGUCAACAGGUUGAAAUGGAUGGUAAUAAUGCAACUCCCUGUACAAUCUCUUUAUCUCACCAGCAUACUCAGUCACUGAUUUUGAGCCUUGCUUUAAGUGAGUCAACUCCUGCAUGAUGCGAGUAGCCUGCAUCUUAUUUGAUUUUCCUGAGAAUUGCUUCUCCAAAGCUCUCCACACUUCAGAUACAGUGGUCAUAGUCUCAACUUGCUCUCGAAUUGAUGGUUCCAUGCUUCCUAAUAACCAGACCAACACUCUGUCAUUGAUCUAUUUUGUGCUAGUGCCACUUUCAUCAGCACUAAGUAAUUCUUCGUAACCAUGAGAACUCAGGAUUAACUGAGCAUGUCGUGCCCAACUAAUGUAAUUGCCCGGUCCAGCCAACUUUACCGGAUUAGGCUCAAGCGCAUACUUGACUGCUUCAGGAACCAAUUUGAGUUGUUGUUGCUGCUCAAAUACUUUGCUAAAAAUUUCAUAUAACUUAUCCACACUACUAUCCCCUGACUUCUCCUUGCUUGGAUCUGCCAUGAUUUACCACCACCAAAAGAGCCAGUCACACAGGACUUCUUUUGCAGCACUCCACCAGCAACAACACACAGGCAGCACAAAAGCAGAGUACUAGCAGAGUUGAUGUCAACUAAAUGUACUAGUACUCUCGAAUGCACACAAGCAGCAGAAGUAUUUUAAUCCGGCCACCAAGCAGAGAUGAGAUAUACGGCAACACUAAUCACAGUUGACCAAAAGCAACCACAAUCAGCAACAACAAGCCAGCUUACUCCUUCGGCAGGAACAGCCCAACAGUCGCACCAAGCAGUUUCCCAGCGUCAGAGUACGGCAAAUACCAGGAGUACGCUCAGCCACGCCGGACGGCGGUCGGCACGCAACAGGCAGCAGUAGACCGGUCGCGGCGCUCCUUGCCGCAGCUUUGAGAUAACCUCGCAGGUCCCGGCAGCAGCUCGAGUGCGCAGCAAUCACCACCGAUAGCCGCAAAUCACGGCGACACAGCACCGCAAUAGGUUGAAAUCACAGCAAAAAACAGAGAAGAUUAACCUGCUCCGAUGCCAUGUUGAAAAUCAUAUGAGAUUUGAGUGAUUUGAGCUAGGGAUUUGAGGGAGCAUGAAGAAGAGGAUUUGGGGGAAACUCUGGAUCGUUCCACACCGAUCCCUUCUCUCUGUACUUAUUUAUAUUUGUUUGUACAAUUUACAUUUUAGUCCCUAAAAAGUCACCUAAUUACAGUACUCAUACACCAACACCAUGUAACAGAUCAGAUAGCAGUGCAAUCUUUUGAGCAAUCGGUCUAUUUUUACCAUUUAAAGCAACACAAAAAAUGGAUAAGAUUCCUCAAUCAAGACAGACUUAAUCAUGUUAACAUCUCAAUGGUGGAGGUUCUUAUCAACAAAGAUAAAUUAGACAGCCAGCUGCCACCACAUUCCACAUCCCUCAUGUAAUAAUGUUAAGACAAGAACAUGGACGCGGUAGAUCGGUCGGUCCAAGACGGUAUUUUAUUUUUGAGGAAAACGGUACAACUCUGCUGUGUAUUUUUAUUGCAUGCAUACAUGCGCGCACUACUGCUGCAGCAUGUUACUAGCUAGCCUACAAUAUAAUAGUAAAGUGUAAAAUCAAUCCUACGGCCGGAAUUUGUGUGCUACAGUAGUAGGUGGAUAUGGGCUGCUGUGCCGCAGCAGCUUCACUGAAUUAUUGCUGACUUUCCGCAAAGAAAAAUGAAUUAUUGCGGAGGAUGUUGCCAUCACCGGGGGACGGCAUGUCCUUUGCCAAGGGAACGAGCGAGACGUCAAGACCACAUUGUACGAUAGUAUAGAGACGGCCCGAGAUCGACGUGGCCGAACGGACCACCACGCUUUUGAGUAAAGGAAAUAAAAUAACAGUUUUGCUAAAGCACAUCUAGAUGUGCCAUAAGUAUUGCACAUCUAAGUCAUAUGUUAUUAAUCUUACAUUAAGAUUCGUGUAAAUAUUUUCUUUUUUUUUCUUUUAUGCUUGAUUCACUCACUUAGAUGUGCAAUAACUAGAGCACAUCUAAAUGUGCCCUAGACACACCCACAAAUAAUAAUAACAAGAGAAAGAGAGAUAGAGAGUUUUAGCACUUUUUUAAAUGAACAUACGAAUAAGUAGUUAGCUAAUCAUUUUAAAAAUGGUAAUAUAAACAACUAGCUGGUUAUAUCUAUGACUAGCAUGUACGUACGGAGGCCUAUAUAUUCAUGAUGUGAUCUGAUACUCAAUAACUUCAAUCAUGAGGCAGGUCAAGGAAGAGAACAGAGAGUAUUCGCAAAAAAAAAAGAGAGAGAACACAAAGUUUGAAUUUGUGGCAUAAUGUUUAAACAAAUUAAUUCUUGGUGAAACGUUUUUUGUGGGGUUUUUUUUUUUGCAAGAAGUUUCUACCAGUAUAGGGUAGAAAGCAAGAGUUUCAGAUUCCUAACCUUAUCAAGGUCAUGUCCCAUAAAAAGAAGCAUAUCAUUCGCGAGGAUAUCAUUCUCAUCCGUGGUAACUUAUGAGAUAUCAUCUGUUUUUGUCUCGUCGAUUGUGAAGGUCCCUCCAUCUGAAGCACCGAGAGACUUAUAGUAUCCGCGGUGAUAUAUCGUUUCAACUCUGCCCAACCCUCGAUCUGCCCCGCAUCCAGGUUAAAAAUAUACUUCUUCCCGUGCCGUCCAUUGGCGACCAUAUCGAAACAUCGUGUGUUGUUAUCUUACUAAAAAAGAAUGGGCUUUGGAUCUUUGGUACCAUUUGAUUUCCUCUUCUCGCAAUAGACGUGCAAUCUGCUUAUUGGAUUGAUUUUUCAUAUCAAUCUCCUGAUGAGACAAAAAUGCAUGUCUCACCAAUGUUAUCGAGGUCAUCAAUAAUAGUGAGUUUCGCUCAUCGAUAUAGGAAUUGCCUAGUGGCCCCAAUUUUGUAAUUUCAUCUAUGGAUAGGCGAUCAACAACGGUGGGUCUCUCGCAUACAUUCUUAAUUAAGUCUGCAAAGUCAUCCUAUUGUAACUAUCCCAAUUCAAAUUUGAAUGAGCGGCGAGUGGCAGGGGACCGAGUAGAGUUAGUAUCAGGAAUAAUGGACACAUGGUCAUAAAGUAUCUCAAUACGCUCUAGGACACACCACACACAUGGUCACAAAAGGAAACUUCAAUUUCCAUUAUGUACCUGUGUGCAUUCAUAAGGAUGAGUGCAUGUGCGUAUAUAUGAGCGUUUGCGUCUGUAUUGUGUUAAAAAAACACAAGCAACUUGCCGCGUUCCAUAAGAACUGCCAAUAUGAAGUUUCAAGGGGGCAAAAGAGAACGUAGCAGAGUCAUUAUCGCCUUCUCGCGCUCCAUAUGUUUUGAAGAACACUCCAAAAGGGUUCAACCUUUAUGUCUAGAGGACCCUCCAUGGAUAUUUUUCCUUGGCCUGUUUGUCUUGUUCUAAUUAAGCAGCUACUGUUAGUUGUAAGUGGUAUUUCAUUGCGAGAUCGACCGGUUUGCCACUUGUCCCCCCAUAAUUAAGAAGGGUCGGCGUCAAUCCUUUUUGUUGAUCGAUACUUCCAUUCCAUGUAACAAUCAGCAGUGCAGCCUUUUGAGCAAUGUAUCAACUUUUACCAUUUAAAGCAACAGAAAAAGUGGAUGAGGUUGCUCAAUAUAGACAUAAUCAUGUUAACAUCUCAACGGCGGAGGUUCUUAUCAACACAGAUAAAUUAGACAGCCAGCUGUCUCCACAUACCUCAUGUGACAUACUCCUACGUUAGAUCAUGUAGUAUAUUGUUAUGUUAGAUAAGGCCGGGCAUAGACGCGGUCGGUCGGUCCAAGAAGGUACUAGUACCAUAUACAGUAUAUUAGACUUAGUUUCUUCUUCUCGGUAUCACCGUCGACUGGACCAAUGUCCAAAGCCAAGAUGGUUUCAUGAGCAGCAGCCAGCAGGCGCUGCUGCUGCAGCAAAUGAAUUAUUGCUGAGGAUGCUGCCAUCACGCCGGGUCCGCACUCCGCAGGUCGCUCGCCAAGAGGAGGAGACGUCAAAACCACAUUGUACCAUAGAAUAGAGACCGGCCGAGAAUCGACCUGGGCGGACGCACCGCCGCUCUCUCCCGGAGUUGCACUGUUGCGGAAGGCGACGCGGUGCCGGUGAGCGAACGAAAUAAUAAUAGAAAGAGAGUAUUUUGACAUUUUUAAAACAUGAACAUAUGAAUAAGUAGUUAGUUAAUCAUUUUAAAACGGACAUAUAAACAACUAGCUAGUUAUCUAUAACUAGCAUGUACGUACUCAAGCCUAUAGCGUCAUGAUGCGAUCGAUGUGACAUUAAAUAACGCCAAUCAUGAUUCAUACAUGAGGCAGGUCAAGGAAGUUUGGAUGCGAGGCAUAAUGUUUAGAUCUUUUUAUUUCUUGGUGAAACAGUUUUCAUGAAUAUAUUGGUGGAAACAUAUUAAACAAUACCGAGAGAUAGUAAGUUGAAGAGGGGGGGAAACUAUAGGGAUAGAUAUUGUGUAGUAAAGCUAGCAGCACAAGUGCGCUGAUCACCUAUCUACAGCUCAAGCUGAAUAAAGCGUGGUUGAAUAAAGUGGGUGGGAUUUUGCACAUCAAAGCUGGACGUUUUUCUUUCGCUAAAGGGAAAUUAUGGGCUCCAGAAGGUGGUGCUUUGCUUGCACGAUCUGCUACGUUGGAGUUUAACCUUUUGAGGUUCACGAGGUCGACACUUGUGUACGUCGAAAAUCAAGCGUAUACUACCGUUAAUAGAAUUCUAAAUAUACUCCACCUUGUAUAAAUGCAAUUAAAUCUUCCAAAUAAAGGAAAAAAUAUGAUGUGAUGAGAUAAUUAAUAGGAGAGAGCAGAGUUUGAUGACUCCAUGAAUAGACCAUGUUAGCCAAGCGUACCUAAGCGGAAACAUAAUUUACUGCCUACAACUAAUUAAUAGGGUUGAUCAAAAUUGACGACCUCCAGCGAAGAGCGCCUUUGCCUUUCCAACUGCUCAAUUGUUUCUCUAAGCACUCAAGGACAUGUUCUCACUCCGUAUUAGUGAGAGGACGAUAAUGAAUCAGAAUUCUCAAAUAUUUAAUCGGUAAUUGACCUUGUGCGCAACCAAUUAGGUCAGCAUAUUGUGUAUCCGCCUCUUUGACUUCUCCAAAACAGAAGAACUCACUUUUAUGAGAGUUAAUCUUGAGACCUGACAUUUGCUCAAAAUCUGAAAGCAAGAGUUCCGAAUUCCUAGCCUUAUCAUGGUCAUCUUCCAUAAAAAGAUGCAUAACAUUGUCUUUCAGCUUUUGAGGCUAGGAUAUCAUUCUCCUAUGCUUUCACAUAGGUACGUGAGGAUAUCAUUCUCAUCUAUCGUAACUUAUGAGACAUCAUGCGUUUGGGUCUCGUCGACUGUGAAGUGCCCUCCAUCUGAAAUCCCGGAUAGAGACUUAUAGUUUCAACUCUGCCUGAUCCUCGAUCCAUUCCACAUCCAGGUUAAGAAUAUACUUAUUCCUAUGCCGCCCAUUGGCCAUAUGAAAACAUCAUGUAUUGUUAUUUCACUAAAGAAAUGAAUAGGGUUUGGAUCUUUGGUACCAUUUGACUUCCUCUUCUCGCAAUAGACGUGCAAUCUGCUCAUUGGAUUAAUUUUUUAUAUUAAUCUCUUGAUGAGACAAAAUGCAUGUCUCAAUAGACGUGCACUCGCGUAUUGUUAUCGAGGUCAUCAAUAAUAGUGGUAAGGUGUUGCUUCUUUUGACAUACCACUAGUGUGUUUCUUCCAUCCAGAUAGGAAUUGCCUAGUGGUCGCGAUUUUAAAAUUCCAUCUCUGAAUAAGAGUUCAACAAUGGUGGGCCUCUCCCAUACAUUCUUAAUUAAGUCUGCAAAAUCAUUCCGUUGUAACCAUCUCAAUUCAAAUUUGAAUGAGCGGCGAGUAGCAGGGGAGCUAGUAGAGUUAGAAUCAGGAAUGAUAGAUGGGCACAUGGUCAUAACUUUGUCUCAAUACGCUUUAGGGCGCGCACACACACAUUCACGAGAGGAAACUUCAAUUUUCAUUCUACCCGAUCGAGUUUCUCGUAUGUCGGCACCAAACUAUUAUUAGCCCAAGUGUACCGCCGCCCUGAGAUAAUGCCUUCCCAAAGAUUCAAACUGCCAAUCACAACGGUUAAUAAGAAAGGCUAGUGAGUGUCAAAGCAAUCGUCACCACAUCGGCAGUCUAACAUACGUUGCGCAUAGAACAUGGAAGAGCAAACAUGCAUAUGAUUGCUUUUCCAGUUAGCCAAUCGAAACUUGAAAACAAUAGGAAUGGUCAAUGGUUGCCUGGGGGAGUCCAUGUGGGGUUCUCAAUAGAGAGAUAUUAGACCAUGUCUAUAAUAAGGCUACUGGCGAGACCUGUAAGUAAGAUCACACCCACUAACAAGAAAAAUAAGGACAAUCACUUAGCACAUUCCUUCUACUUAGAAGCAAGCAAGAUCAUCGCUUACCUGUCAAAAAAUAACGAGACCAUCGCGUACACUCUAUCCCUUCUUCUCCGUAGAAAGCAAGAAACACUAUAGUGUACAGUGUACAAUCGUCUGCGUGUAUUUGUCGCUCAAAUUGAUGUAUUUAGUAUGUAGUACUACAAGAAAAGACGAUGUGAUCAGAACAGGUUCUCGUACUCAACUAAUUGUCCCAUCAGGAGGGAGGGGUUGACCCGAUUGACACAGAAAUGGGUAGUGGAAUAAUGCCUGCGGUGCAGAAUAUCACGAGGGCGGGAAUAAUGCUAUUCCCAAGCCCAACUGAAGGAGAAGACCUUACCGUAGGUAGGCUUUUGACUUUUGAGCCCUGCACUGCAGCGCACAUGUACCCUGCCGCGCCUUCUGGAAGGACGGAAGCCGAGCAACCAUACGUUGUAGAUGUACGUCUGCAAACAAGCUACCUAGAGACGAGCCCAUCCCAUCCCACCACCUCUCCCCAUUUCAAAGUCGACAUCCUCUUCUUCUCCCCCCGCUCUCUCUCUCUCUCUCUCUCUCUCUCUCUCUCUCUCUCUCUCUCUCUCUGCGAGGGCCACCAUGAACGGCAAGGGCGGAGACGGCGGAGGAGGGCACGAGAGCGGCGGGAGCGACGACGACAUGGACAUGCGGAAGCCACUGCUGGUGAACACGGGAAGCUGGUACAAGAUGGGGUCCAGCCUCACGGCGUCCUCCUCCAUGGCCAUGAUGCGCGAGUCCCACGUCUCCGCACUCCUCUGCACGCUCGUCGUGGCGCUCGGCCCCAUCCAGUUCGGCUUCACCGGCGGCUUCUCCUCGCCGACGCAGGACGCCAUCACCCGCGACCUCAGCCUCUCCAUCUCCGAGUUCUCGGUGUUCGGCUCGCUCUCCAACAUCGGCGCCAUGGUGGGCGCCAUCGCCAGCGGCCAGAUGGUGGAGCACGUUGGCCACAAAGGGGCGUUGAUGAUCGCUGCCAUUCCUAACAUCCUCGGCUGGCUCGCCAUCUCCUUGGCAAAAGACACUACGUUUCUGUAUACGGGGCGAUUGCUUGAAGGAUUUGGUGUUGGUAUCAUAUCCUACACGGUGCCCGUAUACAUAGCAGAGAUUUCUCCUCGGAACAAGAGGGGCGCUCUAGGUUGCGUGAACCCGUUGUCUGUAACUCUUGGGAUGGUGUUGGCCUAUGUGCUCGGCAUGCUUGUUCCUUGGAGGAUGCUUGCGGUGAUAGGAACCUUGCCAUGCACAAUAUUGAUACCUGGCCUACUCUUCAUUCCAGAAUCUCCAAGAUGGCUGGCAAAGAUGAACAAGAUGGAUGAUUUCGAAGCCUCCCUACAAGUUUUGAGAGGAUCUGAGACUGACAUCACCUCAGAAGUGAAUGAUAUAAAGACAGCAGUAGCAUCAGCAAACAAAAUGACGGCGAUUCGUUUCCAAGAGUUAAACCAAAAGAAAUUCCGCAUGCCCUUGACACUUGGAAUUGGCCUGCUUGUACUACAACAGCUAAGUGGGAUCAACGCCAUACUGUUUUAUGCAGGCAGCAUCUUCAAAGCUGCAGGUGUUACAAACAGCAACUUGGCCGCAUGUGGAGUUGGAGUUAUUGGGCUUCUUGCCACUGGAGCUACAACCUGGUUGCUAGACAGAGCUGGCCGGCGGAUCCUACUUAUUAUCUCUUCUGCCGGAACGACCCUAAGCCUUCUUGCAAUUGCCGUCAUAUUUUUUCUCAAGGACAACGUUUCACAAGAUUCUGACAUGUAUUACAUAUUAAGCAUGGUCUCCUUGUUUGCUAUUGUGGCUUAUGUGAUCACCUUCUCCUUCGGUAUGGGCGCCAUUCCAUGGGUCAUAAUGUCUGAGAUCCUGCCGGUUAGCAUCAAGAGCCUCGCGGGAAGCUUCGCGACGCUCGCCAACUGGCUGACCUCCUUCGGGAUAACAAUGACAGCAAACUUGCUGCUCAGCUGGAGUGCUGGAGGUACCUUUGCGUGCUACACGCUCGUGAGCGCGUUCACCCUCGUGUUCAUCAUCCUCUGGGUGCCGGAGACGAAGGGAAGAACUCUAGAGGAGAUACAGUGGUCGUUCCGGUGAGCUCGGUCCGAAGUUUUCACGGUAUAUAUGUCGGAAUUAUUCUUCAAGCCGGGCAUCGUCUUCUUUUUACUAGUCCGAUUGCUCGAUGAAGGCCAAUCAUACAAAAGAAAAGGAAAACUGUGUCGUCUGUAUUCCUGUACAGCCAUUGUUUCAGACGACUUUGUAAAGGGGGCAUGUAAUUAUUAUGCUCUGUUCUCUUCUCUGGGCUCCGUGCAGGUGCAGCUAGUGGUCAGCUCCCACUGUGAUACCCCCCGCAAAAAAAAAACGUUGAGAUUGUCCUGCUCUGUUCCAAACUUUUACUGCUAGUUCAAAGUGUUCAUGUGAACGUGGUGAAUAUUUGUGCCAUUGUGACAUACACCUUAUCUGAAAAGGAAAAAUUGCCCUGA